UGAGAGGAGGGGAGGCUGCUCCCAUCAAACGAUCUCUCAGACGUUACAUGUUGAUGAGGGAUGUCGCAGAGACCCUGAAGCCCUCAGACCCUCAGAGCUGCACACGGACACGCAGAGGGACGGACGGACGGACAGCAAAAUAAAAACAGACUGCUGGUCGAAAUGACUUGGCGGGAGCUACGUAGUCGGCAGUUCUGGCGCGCCGUUCUGGCCGAGCUGCUGGGCACCCUGGUCCUGGUGAGCGCCAUCCUGGGGGCCUCCGUGCCUGGCCCCGGGGAGGCCCCCCCGGGCCCGCUGUACCCGGCGGUGGCGGUCGGAGUGUCCAUCGUUGUGCUGGGACACUGUUUUGGAGAAAUAAGCGGUGCACAGGUGAACCCGGCUCUCACUCUGGCUCUGCUGGCCACGCGCAGGCUGGAGGUCCUCAGGGCCGUCGGCUACCUGGCCGCUCAGUGUUCGGGGGCCUUUUUAGCCGCCGGGGCCCUGUACCUCGCCCUGCCGCUCAAAACCACCGCGGACCACUUCGUCAACAAGGUCCCUCUGGAGGUGAACGCGGCCCAGGCGGUGGGGAUCGAGGUCCUGUGCACCUUCCAGAUGGUCUUCACCGUGUUCUCGGCGGAGGAAAUGCGACGGAGGGAAAGCCCAGAACCGGGACACCUGGCCAUCGGCUUGGCGCACACCGCCGGAGUGCUGAUAGGGGCCCGAUUCUCAGGCGCUAGUAUGAACCCGGCACGUUCUCUGGGCCCGGCCAUCGUCGCAGGAUUCUGGGAAAACCACUGGGUGUACUGGAUCGGACCGGUGAUGGGCGCCAUCCUUGGUGGAGUGUCCCACGAGUUCUUGUUCGCGCGCAGCGCCUCUCGCCAGAAGCUGGUGGCAUGCCUGACCUGCAAGGACAUCGAGAUCGUGGAGGCGGCCAGCAUGACGGGGUCGUCUCUGUCCACGGUGACGCAGAACGCGAGGGCCAAGCAGGCCGGCAAACAGGAGAACAACUGAGGACGCGUGCAAGAAGAAACCCCACGUCAUAACACACCACCCACAAUCACAAUGCUCAUCAAGUUCAGUGAUGUUUUUUAUGCUUAUGCAUUCAAAUUAUCGUUAGUCGUGUCUUAAAGCUACACAAUUUACUGUUUGGCAUUUUUCAUUCAGUUUGAGUAAUAUGGGGAGGUCGACAAAUGGCUUGAAGUCACCUAAUGCGUAUUUUCUUCUCAAGAGACCACAGUAAACUCACAGGUUGGUCCCGUAUUAAUGGACCCAUUAACGACGGGGCGGUCACUGUGAUAACCGCGUAUUCCUCUCAUCAUCUCAGUGCGUUGUGGCGCACUCAAGAGCCCCCUAAAACCGGCCCCUAAAAAAUGAAUAUUUGCCUUGUUGCUUUCUGUUCCACACGUGAACAGAAGGCUUCGUCAUAAAGGAGACGAGUGUUGUGUUCGAGGUCCCAUGUGGCAGCCAUUAGUGUAAGAAAAGGCUUAGCCAAUAUUGUGAGAUUCAAUGGCGUCACUUUCAAAUGAAUUUGCACAUGAUUAUAAUGUAUUAUGGAAUUCAUUGAAACGCGGCAGAAAAAAACCCCUCAUGUCGGCCAUUUUCAGUUUCAUCCCUCGUCUGUGAAGCCUUUGAAAUGCUAAAGAGGUUCUUGCACUGCAUUGUGGGUUCAAUGAUGCUCUCACAGGCCCGUCUCUCCUCUUAAGCCUCCCAUUCACCAUCAGAUGGACCUUUUUUUUAUCAGUAAUGGCUCUAAAGAAAUAAUACAUUCAACCAGAAUAAGCUUUGUAAUAUGAAAUGGAUACAGUGUUAAUGUGUGUGUUAACGUGUGUGUUAAUCCAUGUGUUAACGUGUGUGUUAAUGCAUGUGUUAAUGUGUGUUGGGGUGAGCGAGAGACAAACAUUUAUUAUUAAUGUUGUGUGCGUUUUUAGUAUAAUUUCCAUAUUUAAAGGGUCAGUUCCCUCAAAUUCCCCCCGAAACACAUUAGCUCAAUAACCUCAAGCAGUAUUUAACCAUGCUGAGAAAAUGGGUUUCACAUGUUUUUUGAGAUAUUCUUCUAUACUUAAUUACUCGCUAUGACAAAAUCUGUUUUUUUUAUUUGUAUAAACUGCAUAUUUGAAAUGAAUAUUAUAAAAAGUGUAUUUAUCCUA